UGCGUCCUGCCCUGCACACUUCUGCUCUCACCGGUGGCUCCAUAUCCUGGCGCCAGAAUGGCUGUGGGUGAGGCCCUGGCGCACGUGAGGACCACUCUCCCACUGCUACUCUGGUCGCAGCUGCUUCUGUUGCUUUCUGGAUCGUCCUGUGUUGGACGCUCCCAACGCCAUGGUCCUCCAGAAGUGGUCAUACCCUUGAGGGUGACACACACUGGCAGGGGCGUGAAGCCUCCAGGCUGGCUCUCCUACAGCCUGCGUGUCGGGGGCCGGAAACACGUUCUUCACAUGAAGGUCAACAAGCAUUUGUUCUCUCAACACUUCCCAGUGUUCACCUACGACGACCAGCAUGCUUUCCUGGAGGACCAGCCCUUUGUCCAGAAUGACUGCUACUACCAGGGGCAUGUGGAGGGGGACCCGGAAUCCCUGGUUGCCCUCAGUACAUGUUUGAGGGGCUUUCGAGGAAUACUACAGAUAAAUAACAUUGUUUAUGAAAUCCAGCCCAAAAGGCUUUCUACCUCAUUUGAACACCUGCUAUAUAGAAUGGACGAGGAGGAGACACAGCUCCCACCCAUGAGAUGUGGGUUAACAGACGAAGAAAUAGCACGACAACUGAAGUUCCAAGAGAGUGUUGAGUCCACUUUGAUGCAAAGUGGGUAUGAAGGCUGGUGGACCCACAGGCGUUUUCUGGAACUGGCAGUGGUGGUGGACCACAAUCGGUAUCUUCAUCAUGAAAGUAAUACUUCAAAAGUGCAGGAUGAAGUAUGCCUUACCAUCAAUAUAAUAGAUAACAUUUUAAGUACAAUAGAUGUUCAUGUGGUUUUAAUUGGAAUUGAAAUCUGGUCUGAACAAAAUUACCUUGCAACAGAUGACAUAGAUGACCUCUUGAGUGAAUUUUGUGUUUGGAAGUUAUCAGGUUUCAAUGUCCGCUUGCCCCAUGAUGUUGCACAUAUUUUUGUAAAAGCAGACUUUGGCAUCACUGUUGGCUUAGCCUAUGUUGGCUCAGUAUGUCAGCAACAAUAUAACUGUGGAGUUGACAGCAUCCUGGAUGAUGACUUGAAUAGUUUGGGAUUUAUUGUGUCACACGAGCUUGGUCAUAACUUGGGCAUGAAACAUGAUGAUAACACAUGCACAUGCGGGCGUAAAAGGUGCGUAAUGUACCCAAGUAAAUCACUGAUACAUAAAUUCAGCAACUGCAGUUACGCCUAUUAUUGGGACACUGUUAGAAGGAAAUCCUGUUUGAACCUUUUACCAAAGAAAGAGAGUAUCUUCAUGUACACACGCUGUGGGAACAGUGUGCUUGAGGAAGGAGAAGAGUGUGACUGUGGCUCCUUACAGACGUGUACAAAAGAUCCCUGCUGUCAGCCAGACUGCACUCUGAAACCUGGGGCUGACUGCGCUUUUGGGCUUUGCUGUGACAACUGCACAUUCAGGCCACCAGGCUUCCUGUGCAGAAAAGAGGAAAAUGAGUGUGAUCUUCCAGAGUGGUGCAAUGGGACGUCCUAUCAGUGUCCAGAAGACGUGUACAGGCAGGACGGGACCUCCUGCACGGGCGGGGGCUACUGCUAUGAAAAGAGAUGCAACAAUCGCAAUGAACAGUGCAGGCAAAUCUUUGGCAAAGAGGCCAAGAGUGCAAAUCAGGAUUGCUACAGGGAAGUGAAUAUCCAAGGUGACCGUUUUGGUAACUGUGGUGUCAGAGUCACUUCAUAUGUAAAAUGUGGCAUCUCAGAUAUCCUGUGUGGGAGGGUCCAGUGUGAGAAUGUGACCGAAAUUCCCGUUCUGAGAGAUCACACGACUGUGAGCUGGACUCACUUCAAUGGAGUCACUUGCUGGGGUACAGACUACCACUUUGGGAUGACCAUACCUGACGCUGGUGAAGUGAAAGACGGCACAGAGUGUGGUGCAGGACGGAUCUGCAUCCAAAGAAAGUGUGUCCUGAUGUCUACUUUGAAAAGCAGUUGCUCACCUGAGACCUGCAAUUUGAACGGAGUCUGUAACAGCAGACAUCACUGCCACUGCCGCUCCGGGUGGGCCCCCCCCAGCUGCCUGGACGAAGGCAGCGGAGGCAGUGUGGACAGUGGCCCACCCCCGCAAAAACCAGAAGUCAAAAAAGAAAACAUGCUGGACGAUGAAGCAGAGGAGACGGUUCCAAACACGACUAAGACGAGCAAGGUAAAAGCUUUCACCUUGGCAUCAACACUAACUUUCCGCUAUACGUACACGUGCGGUUUCACCCAGGACCAGCAACGUGAUCAGCCUCAGACAUGCUUGCCACUAGGCCCUGCUACCCAGCACCUUACCCAGUGGUUUUGA